AUGGCGGUAUUUCACCUUUACUCGGCGCUCAAUCUGUUGUGGAUCCUAUGCAAUAGUGCAUGCAUCAACUUCCUCCAGUUUUGUCUCUGGUGCCUUGUGCGGCCAUUUGACAAGCCGCUCUACCGUCGACUUAUGGGCUCUAUUGCACAGUCACUUUGGGUAGAUGUGACGUCCACGAGCUUUCCAGAGACCAAGCUUUCUGUCUCGGGUGAGUUUCCAUCGGACCCGUCCAAGCCUGUUAUUCUCAUUGCAAACCAUCAAGUGGAUGCGGACUGGUGGUAUAUUUGGCAAGCUGCGCGCUAUCAAAAGGCAGCAGGCAACAUCAAAAUUGUACUUAAGGACCAGCUCAAAUACCUGCCGAUUAUCGGCUGGGGUAUGCGCUUAUUUGAGUUCCUUUUCUUACGGCGCCGUAUCGAUGAGGACGCCGAGCACAUAAAGAAAUACAUGGAUGGACUCAUUGCUGAUAAAUUUCCCUUCUGGCUCGUAGUGUUUCCCGAAGGAACGACUAUCCACGAUGAGUAUGUCACCAAAUCGCAAAAUUUUGCAGCUCGCGAGAAUCGCCCGAAAAUGAAGAGAGUGCUGUUGCCACGUAUCACAGGCAUGCAGAUCAUUCUGGACGCUGUGGUAGAGGCCAAGCCCGAUAUCUAUGACCUUACAUUGGCUUUUCCAUCCUAUUCAGGCGAAGUGCCGACGUUUGAAAUGGGAUAUGGACGUAAAGUUGACACGGAAGUGCCGUCGAUGAAGACACUGCUUGCAGGGAAACAGCCACUGGGACGAGUAGCUUUGCAUUCACAGAGAUUUCAUUAUGAGGACGUAGUAAAGGAUAUUCAAGGAUUCUUAGACGCCCGCUGGAAGGAGAAAGAAGAGCGAUUGAGUUACUUUAUUGAGCAUCAGCAAUUUCCUGAAGCAAAGACAAGUAUAGAGAUGGAUGUUUCGUCUUCCAUAGGAGCAGUCGUAAGACUGUGGUUAGGCAUUAUUUCGUCGUGUGUUCUGUUGCCUGUCGUCAUGAUGCUUUUCUUUCCAUUGUACUUUAUCUGGGUUGUCUAUUGUUUUAUUUACUCCGUUUAUGACCGCAAUUUUUGUCGAUGUCAGCUAGGUGACGUUUUGCGUCUCAUGCUUCUGUUACUUUGCAGUGACAGUGAGCUCAUUCUUCUUCAUCAUCUGAGCCAGCCCAUCGCUGAAAAGCGCUCUUCAUGUAUGACCUUCGACGUGUAG